AGUCAGUCUAUGUUGUUUUACCCUGACACUCGUUAGUACAUGACUCUUUGUCUGAAUUUCUAUAAAAAAAAUUAAUUUUAUUUCGAAAAAAAUUAACAAUAAAAAACACGAAAAGAUAUGGAAAAGAAGUUUUGCUCUUUAGAGCAAAAAGCAACAGAAGGACUACAAGCCUUCGACGAGGGGAUUCAGAGUGUAGACCCAAGGGGAAGAACACCAGGACACCUCGAAGUAAAGAAAGACGACCGCCAAAACAGGAGAGGAACGGAGCUUGAGAAGAAAGUUGCAGAAACGAAUUUAGCUGUGGUUUUAUCGCCAACCUCUUUGCGUAGGCAGGAACAGGGAGGAGUUUCACACAAAGGGGUGUUUGGUGACGUGGCCAGUAACUAUUUUAAAUUGGCUCAGAGCAUCGAGUGCCGUCAGUGCUUGCCACGUUCCGGUGGCUCCCGGGCAUCAGGUGGUGGAGGUGGUUGCGACGAAGGUGGUGAGCAAGCUUUAACACGUCACUCACAGGGGGAGAAUCAAUUAAAUACCAGCAUUGGACUUGUCGAUCUCUAUCGUCUUCGAUUGCAGUACGAAAAACUUGGCAUUCCAUUGACUGCUCUUGAGCUAUUUUCCAUGGCUAGAUAUGAACGGCCUCGGGAUUUAAACAUGGGGAUAGAAGAUAAGUUGCCACCACAGUCCCAGCUGCCAUCCCCACUACCAGCUGUUCAGGAAGAGCAGCAGCAGGAGCCAGAGCUGGAGCUGGAGCAGGAGCAGGAGCAGGAGCAGGACUUGGAGCUGGAAAAGGAACUGGCUGUGGAUAACGAUUCAAGUCUUGGUGAAUUGCGCUUAAAGGAUGCAAUGGAACAACGACGUCUUCCUGGUGGUUAUCGGCGUGCCAAUGGCCUGGAAUGUAUUGAAAUCAGUUCUACGCCGCUAUCAAAAGUCCAAAAGGAGAUGUACUCAUGCGGUCAGGAAUUGUAUGAGCAACAAGUACCCAGAGAUGGAUCCCAUUAUAGUACCAAUCAAUACUAUGAUGCCGAACAAAAGAUGAAAUAUAAUUCUAAUGAGGAUCGCCAGAUGCAACUUUCGACUGUCCAGAAGGAAGGUGCGUAUAGAUCUUAUGACUUGCCCAGAAAAUUUCCAACCAUGUUGCCGAAUGCAAGCGAUAAUUGCCCAACAACUGCACCAGACGCAAAUCAAUAUGCCCCUUCAGCUCCGAUCGAGCAACCAGUUCGGAAAUACCAAAGACGUUUCCAGCCAUCUUAUGAUAUGUAUGAGACAAAGUUGACCCAGGACGCAUUCCAAAGUGGUCCCUCCAUGUCCCAGAAACAAUACAUAUAUAAAACGGAACAGGAUUGCCAAAUCCCAAUGCAGAGUGAGCCGAUGAUGGAUUAUAGAUAUCGGCAAACGGCGCAUACAAAUCGUCCGAUGCAUGGACAGUAUGAACCUUGUGUACAGGAUGGACGUUACGACAUCUGUUAUUCUCCUCCGCCUCCUCUUGCUCUACAACUACGACGUCCACGAAGAGAGGGAUUAAGGCCAGAGAUUCUUCAGCAUAUAAAAGAUGUGGAUAGGAAAAUGUUGCCUCAGCCGCCACCCCGUUCCUUUGAUCUAAGAAGAGGCAAAAUUGAAUGCAAUCUCGCCGAGCGUUUGCAACAACAGCAACAACAGGAACAGGAACAACAAAAGCUCAAGCAAUCAAUUUUAUCCUCAGCAGCUGUCCAGCAGGAUCAGCAUCAGGAUAUGCAGCAGAAAUUUAAAAAACAACGCCCACAGGCAGAUGACAGUGCUGCUUUGAUUAAAGGUGAUUUGCAAACUUGGUUACCCCACAGCCAGCAAAAUCAGUUAGCUGGUAGCGAUAACGAAGAGGAGGAGCAAGUAGCUGAAGUAAAAAGAGAGGUUAUUGCUGUGCCCCCUCAACCGGUGUCAUCUUCAUCCUUUGACUCACCUUUCAAUCUACAACCGGAUCGCUUAAAUGCUCUUCUCAAUGCCAGACCGCGCAAGUCAUGCCUCAAGAAUUCAAUGAAUAAACAUGAUCCCACUGAAGAACUAACAAACGAAAAUCAUGACUAUGAGGCAGACCAUGAGACACAAUCGGAUGAUGAUACUAGUAGCGACAGCACUGCAGAUGGCAAUCCAUUGACGGAGAAAAGUUCUACCGACACUUUGACCAAUGUCUGGUAUCGUUUAGACGAAACCCAAAAGCAGCAAAAGAAAAAACAAAAAGCGGCAAUGAAAAGGGGCAAAGCCGCAGCUCUGCCAGCCCCACGUCUCACUGGUGGCAUGUACAGUGAUGUGGACAAAUUGAAAUUUAAACCGAUUGAUAAGCUGGAGGCCGGCUCACCUGGUUCACCCAUAUUGGAUGAGGAAGACUCUCAUUUAGCUAGCGAGAGGAUGGCCUAUUUUGCCCGUAAAUCUGCCAAACUGACACGCAAAGAGAGAGCCCAGGAUAUCGAAUUGAGAAUGGGCCAAUUGCGUCUAUUGCAGGCCACAUCGGAUCGCAAAUAUCGUCGCAUUUUGAAAGCCAAUGGCUUUUUGGAGUGGCAACAAUUAAGCGCAGUGGCCAUUGAUUCAAUGAGAUAUUGUUGUCCCCUGGCCCACAAUGGAGUCACCCCAUGUCCAUUGCUAUUGAAUGAAUCACUUUUGGAGCAUUUUAUUAAAUCGCAUCUAGAUGUGCCGGGCUUGGAGCUGUGCGAGAUAUUUGAACGUGAUCGCCUCUUGAUUAUCUUCAAUCCAUUCACCUUUGAGCUGGGUAAAAACUUUUGCAUGUCGGCGAUUGUGUACGGCGGCUUUCGUGAUAGCCCCUACUCACUGCCCCUUAUGCGCUUUAUGCCCAUAUAUAAUGUAAAUCUCUCGGACACCCAUGGCAAAUAUGCAUGCCAUUUGCCACUCUUUCUUCUCAUAUGUCGCACUCGUCUAAGCGCAAUCGAUGAUGGUAAUAGCAAUAUUAGCACUAGCAGUUAUAAUAAAAAGGUUCGCUUCACAGAUCCACCAAUUACGACGACGAUGAGGACGAGGCACAUGGGGCGACAACCGGUCGACGAAGAUGUUCUGGCUUUGUGGGUGGUUAGCAUGGAGCUACCCCAACCCAUACAUGUGACAAUAAGUCUUUUCAAUCGACGUCUGGAUGUCACACGCAGUGCGAUAAUGAAGGUACGCGCCCUGAAAGAGUCACAGAAUUGCGCCGACUUUAUGCGUACCAGCGAAAAUUAUAUGCGUCUAACUGAACAGGAUAUGCAAAUUUUGACCAAUAAUAACAAGGAAUCAAUCUACAUGGAGUUGUCUGUCCGUGAAUAUGGGGCCACUGUUCGAGCUGAAGUUGUUUCGGCCCUUAAGUAAAUCGAAAGAGCCGCAAUCCCCCCUCCUACAGCCCCUCUCCCACUAUACUUCCCUAGAAAUCCCUAAGAAGAUGAUAUAGAACCCUCAUUUUCCGAUCCAAUUUUUUUUUUCUGUUUUAGGAAAAACAAACAUAGACAAAUUAAGAAAGCUAGAGAAAGCAUUUGUAAGAUCCAGACAAUCGAUAGUCCAAUAUUCGAUAUUAUUCAAAAUUAUCCAUAGUUUUUUUUUUGCAUCUGUUUUGCCAUAUAUAUAUACGACAAUUCUUGCAUAUAAAGAUUUAUAUCAGUACAAAAUUAUAAAAGGGGAAUGUUGUAUAUAUUCGUAAUGUUGGUAUCAACUAUUAUAGAUUAUUACUAAGUCAGCUAAAUUAAGAUAACAUUUCCAACGAUAUAUUACGUAUACGACAAGUGAUCCCUUCAAUUAUUGUAUUCCUCGUUAAAUAUAUAAAACAAAUGUGAUCCCUUUGCAAA